GAGAUGAUCUGAGACGACUUUCUUUGCCUUUGAUGGUUAUUCUUGAGCGUUGGUAGUCAAUGAAAUUUGGACUGAAUUUCCCUUGAUAUUAGCUCGGAUUUGGACUAGAAGUUGUUUAUUUUAUCUACAAUCAUGCAGACUAUUGUAGCUAACGUCGAAAAUGUAAACUUUGAGGUGGAGGUGCAGAUUAACAUGCAGCUAGGGACGUUACCGCUUCCCUUUUCAGGCAUGGAUAAGUCCAAUUCUGCAGUAUGCCAGUUUUACAAGAACCACUCCUGUGUCAAAGCCGCUCUGUGUCCCUUCAGACAUGUCAAGGGGGACAAGGCCGUCGUUUGCAAACAUUGGCUGAGAGGCCUGUGCAAGAAAGGCGACGAGUGCGAAUUCCUCCACCAGUUUGACAUGACAAAAAUGCCCGAAUGCUUUUUCUUCGCCAAAUUUGGUAUGUGCAGCAACAAAGAUUGUCCUUUCCUUCACAUUGAUCCAGAGGCGAAAAGAAAGGAUUGUCCCUGGUAUGACAGGGGCUUCUGUAAACAUGGUCCACUUUGCAAGAGUCGCCAUGUGAGAAGGGUAUACUGUCCAAACUACCUUCUUGGUUUCUGUCCAGAUGGCCCAAACUGCAAAUAUGUACAUCCGACCUUUGACCUCCCGACCUCUGCUGAUAUGAAAGAUUUACACACGGGUGGCCGGAAGAUUUGGACAUGUCACAGCUGUGGUGAACCGGGUCAUAAAGCUAUCAACUGUCCUAAGAAGAACCCACUUCAACCAUAUAAUACUGCCGCUCCGCCGAUGUCUUUCAGUCAGAAACAGGCUGCAGAAAAGCAAGGACAGGGGCUUCGUGUUCUAUCCAACUCAGAGGUCAACUCUCAAUCUACUCUACAAAACAACAAAGAGACAAAUCAAACGUUUCAGCCAAGGCAUGGAUUUCAGAGAGGUCAGAGGUCAUAUGAUCACAUCACGUGUUAUAAGUGUGGAGAGAAGGGUCAUUUUGCCAACCACUGCCCGAAAGGUCAUUUAGCAUUCCUGAGUAAUUCAUUACAAGGUCCGCAGAGCACACAACAGGAAGAGCAGCAACCUCAGUGAUGACCUUUCGACCAAUUCAACCAUGUCUGAUUCCUGCUAUUCCCUUCACAUCUCCCAAUCCAUUCCAGGCUCCAUGGGCCCAUCUUACAAAGAGUUACAAUUGAUCCAAUCAAUCGUAACUUUAUGGAAAUCCAUCAGUGUCAUAAUUUUUUCUACAAGAAAUUUGCAAAAUGUCCUCUGUAAACAAAGGAGAACACACCAUAUUGUCAAGAAAUCAAUGAAUUUAUGGAUAUACAUUCAUAUCUAGAAUUUUUUUGAACAAACAUUAAUUUUAUACGUUGACUUUGCUGGCUUUCCAUAGUUGUGAUUGAUCGGAUCAAUCACAACUCUUUGUAAGACAGGCCCCAUAUUGAAAUGCACUGGUGCUGAAACAUUAAUUUGAAUCCACUGAUUUAUUUUGCAAAUUGCAUGAUCUAUCCGUUUGGAGGAACGUUAGAUGAAUGAUUUAAAUUUAUUUUAUUUGAAUUUAAUUGUGUGGAAUGAUUCUAAGUUUCAAAGAUUAUACAUGCCAACUGGGGGUUAAAAGAUCUGAGGCCCGUUUCAUAAAGUAUUGCAACUGUUGUAACUUUGCCAUUAUGGCAACUACCAUGGAAACCUUGAUUAUUAUUGGCUGCUGAGCCCUGUUACCAUGGUAGUUGCCAUCAGUGGCGGACCGUGACCCGGAGGAGACAAAGCAUUGGAGGGGCACACCAUUGUUCACAAACAAUACAGUGCCCCUCCAAUGCUUUGUCUCCUCCGGGUCACGGCCCGCCACUGGUUGCCAUUAUGGCAAAGUUACAACAGUUGCAAGUCCUUUAUGAAACGGGCCCCUGGUAUAAAUUUUCCUUGUAUUAUAUGGUAAUGUUCAAUUAUUUAGGGCUGUAAUAUAACGUAUAUUCUGUGUAUGAUUUGAAUAAUGAUUGAAGUAUGAAGUGCCAAAAUUUUCCUGAUAUUUGAUUUCAUUUCAAUUGUUUCAAACAAUGUAAUAUGUGAUAAGAAAUAGUAUGAACUAUAUAAUUUUCAGAAUCAAUGUAAUACUGCACUUCGUCUUUAAUUGAUUAUCUCAAUUUGUGAUUGGGCCAACCAUGCAUGACAAUUUGCUAAAUAAUUGCAUACACAGUGUCAUUUGCCUAGAGGCAAUUUGUCGAUGAAAUCGACUGACUUUAUGCCCCCAUGAAACACCCCCCCCCCCCGAAUUGCCAUAAUAAUUGCUUAUUGUCACGGUUCAGACGGUAAUCAGACCCCUUGUGCUUGCAGAAAUAUCUAUUCCUCUCCCACCAAUCUGGGGGAAGUUGCAACGAAAUACUUGCAAUCAAUGUGCAAUAAUCAUGCAUUUCCAUUGCAAUUUUGAAAUUAAUUGAUAAAUUUUAACUGGAAGUAAAAUUAAUCAGUUUAUAAUCCUUGUUUUGCUAGAAGUAGAUCAGCAAUCAAAUAGAAUUUUGAAAUUAAUUUGUAAGAAAUAUGAUUCAUCUGGCACCCAAAAUACUAUUCUGUUUAAGUUUUAUACUCAUAUUUGUGUUCAAACCACUUAUCGCUAUUACUCUUUCGCAAAGCUCUAUGAAGCGCAAGUCCAAGCUCCAUUUUCAAAGUAUUUACAGUGAUGCAGCAUAAUUACCAUGGCUUAUUUCCUGGAGAUUUAUUUUGAAAGUUGAAAUACUGUGUUUUUGUAACGGAAUAUUUAGAAAAAUACUAGAAGCAGUAUUUGUCUACCUUGAAAUGUCAGAUUAGUACAUUUAUCAAAUCAUUAAACAACUGUGUAUUAUGUGUUGAUAUUAUAGGGUCUCCAGUUGCCUUCAUGUGCAUGAAAACAUGAAUACGCUGUGUCUUGCAAAGGAACAAAAGAGCAUUCAUUCACUCGUAGUUAAGUUGUACUUAAUUUGUCCAUUGUUUGAAAAUGUUGUUCUUAAUAUAUAUGAAAAUCAAAUGUGACUUCUCUGUUUACAUUGUGCUUGUACAGACAUUGACUAGAAAAUAUUUUGAACAAAACUGUAUUUUAGAUGCUGACAUUGCUGGUUUUCCAAAAGUGGAGGUUGAUCGGAUCAAUCGUAACUCUCUGUAGGAUAGGGCCCUUGAGACUGGCCAAUUAUGCUAUGGUAUGACACAUGUUUUAUGUAGACCCAACCAACACGUAUGCAUUCUCUCAUGGGUUAAGACAGAUCUCAGUGGCGGAUCCAGGGGGAGGCACAGGGGGCGCAAGCCC